AUGCGCGCAAACGAGGAAUCGCUCACCACGAAUGAACCUGCGCAAGUAAGCAAGCCCGGCGGAAUCAUGGCCAAGCAAAGCCAGAACGAGGAGAGGGAAAUUCCAACUAUGACGAACCCAUUCCUUCGUCUGUGGGAGAGGAUUAAGGGUGUUCUAUGCCUAAGGACGGGAUCGGUCGACCUCAACGGCGAUGAACUUGCGGCACUGGACGUUAUCCAGAAAUGGGACGUCGCCAUGAGAACAAGUGUGCAGCACGAGAGUCUUCAAGGACUUGAAACAGUGAAUACGCAUAUGUACUAUGGCAACUUGGCCAAUGAUGUGCUUGGUCUACCUGGAGUAGAACCUGAUGAGCUGAUGAUAGCCAUUCAUAAGCAUAGCGAAUGGCGUGUUGACAUUCGUCGUCCUUUCAUGAUGCAGAGCUAUCUAGCUUACAAGUAUCCAGCAAUAGUCAAGGACAAAAUGCUUGCUGUCUGGCUAGAAGACGGUUUCACCCCAGAGCGAGUGAGCCAAAUAUUAUUGGCUCAUUACAACAAACUCUAUAUGAGCAACGAGACGUUCGAUAAGGCUCAUAACUAUGCUUCUCCAUACCACGAAGCGAUGGUCCAGUACAUCCAGAUGUACCAAGCGAGACUCGACUACAGCAAGAAGGACGAAGAGGAACUGUUGAGCAAGACCGAAAAAAUAAAAUACCUGACGGUUCAACGGUGA